AUGGGAGCCGAAGAAGGAUACAAGCCCACGACAUGGGCCGGCAUCAAGAAUGCAACCCUCCCUGCUCAAGGCGCUGGUAAUCAGACCUUUGACAAUCGCAUCUUCUUUGGUGUGUGUGCUGGUGUCCCUCUCUUUAUCAUGUACAAGCUUGGCCUCUCCUUGUGGUUUGGUAUCAUCUUGGCUGUCUUGUUGUUCCUUCCCAUUUUGGCGUGCACUUUGUACCUGACAUCUCGUUUCGCGUCGCGUUAUCGCAACCGUGUUUCUCUUCCUGGCAAGCCUAUUGAAGACUAUUUGAUCAUCCAUGACCCUGAACUCAAGGCAAAGUACCAUGGCCGCAACAAGAUCCCCAUGGAGACCUUUUUCGAAUCGUACUUUGAAGGCAAGAUUGAUUUCAACGGCGAACCUAUUGACGUGAUGGAAAUGCGCCACGAUUGGGCGGCCUUCCAAUUCCAACUUGGCCAAUUCAAGUUUUUCCUUACUCAAUGGCUCCCUGAGACCUUCUGGCACUCGCGUGAUCAAGAUGAAAACCAAGUUCGUGACCACUAUGACCGUGGCGAUGAUUUCCAUGAAGCUUUCCUUGGCCCAUCCAUGGUUUAUACCAGUGGUGUUAUGAGUGAUCCUUCCAAGGAGGAGACUCUUGAGCAACUUCAGGACAACAAGAUGCGUUUGAUCUGCGAAAAGGUUCAUCUCAAGAAGGGUGAAAAGCAUUUGGAUAUUGGCUGUGGCUGGGGUACUCUUACUGGCUAUGCUGCAAAGAACUAUGGAAGUGAUUCUACUGGUGUCUCUCUCUCUCGUAACCAAGUCGCCUAUGGUAACAAGAAGUUUGAGGAACAAGGUAUCAAGGACAAUGCCAAAUUGGUCUGUAUGGAUUUCCGUAACUUCCCUGCUGGCAGCCGCUAUGACAAGAUCACUUGCGUUGAAAUGGCUGAACACGUUGGUCUCCGCCGUUUCCAAACUUUCUUGCAUGAUGUUCGUGAACUCUUGGAUGAUGAUGGCAUGUUCUACAUGCAGGUUGCUGGUCUCCGUGCCACUUGGCAAUAUGAGGAUUUCAUCUGGGGCUUGUUCAUGGCCAAGUAUAUCUUCCCUGGUGCUGAUGCUUCUACUCCUUUGUACUGGUACAUUCAACAACUUGAGAUGGCUGGCUUUGAAGUCCACAAUGUCGAUACUGUUGGCGUCCAUUACUCUGCUACCUUGUACAAGUGGUACCAAAACUGGAUGAAGAACCGUGACUCUUUGCGCGGCAAGUAUGAUGACCACCUUAUCCGCGUCUGGGAUGUCUUCCUUGCAUGGUCUACCAUUGCUGCACGCCAAAGCUCAGCCACGUGCUUUCAGAUCGUCGCCCACAAGAACCGCAACGACUUUGAUCGUGCCAAGUUGGUUUGCCAGCGCACUAACCCUGCUGCUUGGGGAUCUAGCAAGUAA